AUGGAGGAAUACCAGGCCAUGUACAAAGCCAGCUUGGAGGAUCCGGAGAAGUUCUGGGGCGACAUGGCCAGGGAGUUCUACUGGAAGACGCCUUUUGAGAAGGUGGGCCCGACCUACAACUUCGACCGCACCAAGGGCGACGUGUCCAUCAGGUGGUUCGAGGGAGGUGCGACCAACCUCAGCUACAACUGUCUAGACCGGAAUGUUGAGCAGGGCUUCGGCUCGAAGACCGCCAUCUACUACGAGUGCAACGACCUGGAUGACGGCCACGCGGCCUACUCCUACUCUGAUGUCCUGCGGAUGGUCUGCAAGCUCGCGAAUGCCCUCAAGGCCGAGGGCGUCCAGAAGGGGGACAGGCUCUCGGUCUACCUGCCCAUGAUCGUGGAGCUUCCUGCCUCCAUGCUCGCCUGCGCCCGGAUCGGGGCCGUUCAUUCCGUGGUCUUCGGCGGCUUCUCCGCCGAGUCCUUGGCCGGCCGCCUGCAGGACGCGCAGUCCAGCCUGGUGAUCACCGCCGACGCCGUGAUGCGCGGGGCCAAGCCCGUGCAGCUGAAAGCCAUCACCGACAAGGCCUGCGAGAUCGCGGCCAAGGACGGCUUCAACGUGCAGCGCGUGGUCUGCGUAGCGCGCCUCAAGGACACCCCAAGAGCAGGGCAGGCGCAGCAUGGCUGGGUCAGCGGCCGGGACGUUUGGUACUCGGACUUCGUGGCAGCGCAGGCAGAGGAGUGCGAAUGCGAGUGGAUGGACAGCGAGGCUCCACUCUUCAUGCUCUACACGUCCGGCAGCACUGGCAAACCCAAGGGCGUCCUUCACACGACCGGGGGCUACAUGCUCGGAGCCUUCGCCACAACCAAGUAUACUUUUGACUACCACCCGGAGGAUGUGUACUUUUGCACAGCCGACUGCGGCUGGAUCACUGGCCACUCCUAUGUGACCUACGGCCCCAUGCUGAACACUGCGACGCAGGUCCUCUUCGAAGGCGUCCCUACCCACCCGGAUGUCGACCGGUUCUGGAAGGUCUGCGAGAAGUACAAGGUCAGCAUCUUCUACACGGCGCCCACCGCCAUCCGGGCGCUGAUGAAGAGCGGGGACGCCCCCGUCACCCGCAACGACCUCAGCAGCCUCAGACUCUUGGGUACCGUCGGCGAGCCGAUCAACCCAGAGGCUUGGAGGUGGUACUACCGCGUUGUCGGCGGCGGCCACUGCGCCAUCGCCGACACGUACUGGCAGACGGAGACGGGCAGCCACCUCAUCACGCCCCUGGUGGGCGCCAUGGACUGCAAGCCGGGGUCUGCCGUGCUGCCCUUCUUCGGGGGGCCCGGGGGAGGAGGCACGGUCUAUGGGGACCACAAGCGCUUUGAGGAGACUUACUUCUCGCAGUUCAACGGCUGCUACUUCACCGGGGAUGGCUGCAAGCGCGACAAGGACGGCUUCUACUGGCUCACGGGGCGCAUGGAUGAUGUGAUCAAUGUCUCCGGCCACCGCAUCGGCACCGCCGAAGUCGAGUCCGCCCUGGUCGCGCACGCCAAGGUGGCGGAAGCUGCGGUGGUGGGCUUCCCCCACGACAUCAAGGGUGAGGGCAUUUGGUGCUACGUGACGCUGAAUGAGGGUGAGGCCUAUGAGGACUCUCUCAAGGCAGACCUCAAGAAGCAGGUCCGGGAGGUCAUCGGCGCCUUUGCCAUGCCAGACGAGAUCCACUGGGCUCCUGGCUUGCCAAAGACCCGAUCCGGCAAGAUCAUGCGCAGAGUCCUCCGGAAGCUGGCCCUGCCGGACUACGAGACCCAGGAUCUUGGGGAUACCUCGACUCUGGCAGAUCCAUCCGUCGUGGACGUGCUGAAGUCAUACCAUCCCAGAAAGAAGGGCCCGGAGGGGUAUGCCGGCAAGUAG